AUGGCGGAAUACGUUCUCUACAAUUACACACCAUCUUUGGCAGUUGCAGUAGUAGCGCUUCUCUUGUUUCUAGCUGCAACCAUUGCGCAUAUUUGCCUCGCUAUCAAGUACCGUCUGAAAUUUCUUACCGCAUUUAUCAUUGGCGGCUUUUUCGAAGUCCUCGGUUAUGCGGCUCGAGCCGUGAAUGCGCACCAAGCGCCAAACUAUGCGACCAUGCCGUACGCCAUGCAGAGUGUUUUUAUCUUGCUCGCACCUUCACUAUUUGCGGCAUCGAUCUACAUGGUCCUGGGUCGCCUUAUACGUCGAGUUGAUGGGGAAUCAAGAUCUCUCAUCAAAUCGACAAAAUUGACGAAGAUAUUUGUCGUGGGAGACAUUUUGGCGUUUCUAAUUCAAAGCGGAGGCGGUGCCAUGCUUAGCGGUGCAAAAUCUGCAAGCAACAUGAAACUCGGAGAGAACGUCAUUACCGUCGGCCUUUUCGUCCAGAUCGUCUUUUUUGGCUUUUUUGUCGUUAUAUCGGUCAUCUUUCACAAAAGAAUUGUGGCCAAUCCUACUACGGGGUCAAUUACAUGCACUGUCAACUGGAAGCGGUAUCUUUUCAUCCUUUACUUUGCCAGUACUAUGAUCAUGAUUCGAUGCAUCUACCGAGUCGUUGAGUAUAUUCAGGGGCAAACCGGUGCACUCCAAAAUCAUGAGUACUACGCAUACUUGUUCGACGCCCUCUUGAUGUUCCUGGUCAUGUUUGUCUUCAUCAUCUUUCAUCCCAGUCAGAUCUUGUCACGAGAUACGCCUCAGUUAGGCGACACUGAGCUGAUUUAUCAGCAACUGCGUGAGUGA